CUCUGUCCCCGUUGCUAGGCGACGCGCGGGCGGUGUGGGGGCCGGGCUGUCGCUAGGCCGCAGCUAGGCCGCGGGGCUGACCCCGGCUAUCCCACACCUCUAUAGCCCUCUCUCGUUUGUCUGCUGGACUCCUCCCUUCCGUUCUCUGCCUCAGAGGCCUUUCUGAGGCGUUUCUCAGAGUUACGGAGCCGAUAAAAUAGUGAAGGAGGCCUGCGAGCCGCUGGCCUUUGAGGUGGUUCUCGGUUCGUUCCCCAGAACUGUGGCUCGCCACAGAGGACUGAGCACAACGUGUUAAUUCUGAACAGAGCGUGGCAGAAGGAUACGUGGCUCCCGCUGUGCUGCAGCUGAAGGGUGGUUGCAGUCAGCAAGGAUCUUUGUGCUCGUGAAUCUCAGCUGCUCGGUGAGGUCCGGCUCUGUGUAACUCCUGCAGUUGCUCUGUAAAGGAUCUGAUAUUAAACUCAGUUCUGGAUGACCUCAGGAAGUGGCCAAAGGGUUCAUUCUCCAUACGCAAUCUGGCUACCAAGCUGGUACCUGAAAUAAAGGCAGUGUAAAUGUCACUGCCUCCCUUCAUUCUUCCCAAAAUACUUCCAUGUAACUUCCUAUGAAUAACAAGGAAGUUAACUUCAGUGAAUCCCAGCGUAAUGCUGUCACUAAGAGGUUGGCUGGACCAUGGAGCCCUUCUCACUUGCAGAAACGAAUUCAUCUGUGCCACAGGAAAAAUUCCAUGUCCUGGUGGGUGUGACCGGGAGCGUGGCUGCCCUGAAACUGCCUCUCCUCGUCUCUGGAUUGCUGGAAAUCCCUGGGCUUGAAGUGAAGGUGGUGACUACUGAGAGAGCAAAGCAUUUCUACAACCCCCAGGAAAUUCCCGUCACCCUCUACAGCGAUGAAGAUGAAUGGCAGCUGUGGAAGGGCCGUUCUGACCCAGUCCUGCACAUCGAGCUCCGGCGGUGGGCUGACCUCAUGCUGGUGGCCCCUCUUGAUGCAAACACGUUGGCAAAGCUGGCAAACGGUAUCUGUGACAACCUGCUGACUUGUGUCAUCCGUGCUUGGGACCUGCACAAACCUCUGCUGUUCUGCCCAGCUAUGAACACGGCCAUGUGGGAGCAUCCCAUCACAGCUCAGCAGGUGGAGCAGCUGAAAGGCUUUGGCUACACAGAGAUCCCCUGUGUGGUGAAGAAACUAGUGUGUGGAGAUGAAGCACACAGUAUUCUCCAAGAAUUACUCCCAAGAAUCAAGCUGGUGCAAAUCCAGAGCAGCUUUCUCUCUAAUGUGGGCCUAACUGUGGAGUCACUGGAAUGGUCGUGGAGCCAUGGCAGAAGUGUGGACCAUAGUGGAGAGCGUGAGAAGGAUCCUUGAAGAACGGGGCUUGCCAACACAGAGCUGAUUGCUUGCCAUGAAAAUUGCCUUCCUGACGAUUCAAAGAUAAAACCAACAGGAAACCAAGUCGAGAUGGCAUGUGUCCUACAGCGUGCUCCUCAACUGAAGGAGUGAAACGGUUGUGUUCCAGCUGGUACCAAACUGAAAUGUGGUACAGCACUGCAGACUUUUAGAAACCUAAGCCAAGACCACGUUUCUUUAUUGUGGGAAAACUGUGGUAUCUUGCAGAGAGGGAGUAACGUUCCUCCAGGCCAAGCAGCUCUGUUUGUUUCACGUGUGAUCCUUUCUGAGAAGGCUGCAGAAGGAAUUGCCCUUGUGUCUCCGGCCCAGCAUUGCCCCAAGGGCAGCUGGAGUGGUGUGCUUGCUGUCCUGGCAAUAGGAACGUGGGUAUGAGGACACCCUUGCUCUCCAGUGUUGUCCCUAGCUGUGCUGCCUUCUCCUUUCCAGCAGGAGUCACUGUCCAGAAAGCGUUCUCCCUCCAAGAGCUUAAUAAAAAGAGAGCUUUUAAUUCUGCCCCCGAGGAAUUGCUUUUUGGGGGUGUUGUGCCUAACAUCAUUGCUAAAUCGUUGUGCUUGUGGGCUGUUUUUUAUCAGAGAUGGAAGAAACUGAGAGAAGCUAUCUGAUCCUCAAAUCAGCCUUUGUCCUUUGCGUCUGUUGACCGGAUCUGUAAGCAGCUAUCAACUGUGAAGCAAAAUGUCACCUGCCCGUCUGGGUGCUCUAAUCAGGAAGCAGACAGACUGGCCCUGGUGCAAAGCCUGGUGGGUGUUUUCAAAGGGAGUAGAGUCAAACUUCGCCUACAACAGUGCUUUCCAGCUUGAAAAUUAACCAUCUGGCCCAAAGAAAUUGGGAAAUCCCUGUGACCCCAUGGACCAGGGUAGCCAGGGCUACCCCAGCCCAGCCUUUCGUUGGAAAUGUGAGCCUGUCCCUGGGGAGAACGAGACCAAGCUGGGACUGCUGAACAGCUUGCUGCAGCAGAGCACUGCUGAUACACCCAGUAUUUAUAUCUAAAUCCAGGCAAAUUUAAGGCCUGUGGUACAGAACAUACAUCUUGCCUAUGAGGACAACCUUCAGGCUACUACGCGCAAGGAAAGAGGUUAUCAGGGUAUGUUUGCUUUCCUUAUCUAUUCCACACAAAUAAAAACCUCUGAAACUUU